AUGCCAGUGAUACCAGAAGAAGUUGUUGUUCAUUGUCCAGGUGUAGAAAUGGUGCAGUCAGUGGUGUCCAGUGUUCACCAGUGCCAGCAGUGGUGUCUUUAUGAGACUAAUCAUGGCAUAAUUUUGACUGUGACCCCACAGCUGCCUCAACUUCCUUGUUCUUGCCAGUUGCCAAAUCUGCUUCCUCAGCCCUCUUGGACCAGAGUUCUGAUCAAGCAGGAAAGGAGAAAGCAAAAGGAAUAUUUUGAAAAGAAAAGGUUAAAAUCAAAAAUGGAAUUACUGGGAGUUUCAUCCCCUGUCAAAAAUUCUACUGUCAGUUUAGACCUCCUUAACCUGUAUAUGGUAAAUCAGAUAUCUUGCCAGAAGAAAACACCUGAAACUGUGAGAAAACCAAUCCACGUGAAUAUGAAUAGAGACAUAAAAAUGCCUCUAAGAAAGCAUGAUAUAGAACUUCCAAUGUCGCCUCACUGUGUACCGUCUAACCUCUGCAUUGAUGAUGUAGAAAACAAUAUAUACUCUCAAAGACUAAGCAGCAAGGAAGAAUUUGAUCCAGUUCAGUCAUCACAAGUCAUGGACUCAUGUAGAAUGUUUGAACCUCAAUUCAACAGAACAGAAAACUGCAGUUUCACUCCACCAUCUUUUUCAGCUGAAUUAUCUUCCAAUAGAAAUAUUACAGAACUAAAUUUCAUUCCCAGAAUAGCACCUAGUCUUCAGAAAGUUGCAUAUGAAGAGAAGCAGAAUGAACAGCUCAGUAGUGUUGAUUAUUCUAAUUCCUUGGUUUCUAAAUUAAAUGAAAGUCAAGAUGCUUUCAGUCCGUCAUAUGAAAUAGCACAAUUUGGACCAUUACUUGAAAGAUUAAACAGUCCAGAAAAUAGAAAUUUCCUUACUAGGAGACCUGCUAUAGUUGUAGGUGAAUAUUGUGGAAGCAUGGAUGAAAGAAGACAGUCAGACUUCAUUACUGAAAAAAAUUCAUUACAACAUAUUUGGGGAGAAAAUAGAAAAAAGUUUUCUAAUGAAGAUAUGAACCAGCAAACCCCAAGCCUUCUAUCAGAUAAUUGUGUCUCUUUUAUUAGUGAAAAUAUGAUCAACUUAUUAAACAUAGAUCAACAGAAGAUAAAGAAAACCUUUGACAAGUGUGGUUAUGACAGUGCAGUCAUUAGUUCUGAUAAAAACCAUUUCACUGAUAGAUGCAUUAGAAGUACUUUUACAGAUCCAGAGUUGACGUCUAGUAAUUCUACUUUUAAUAAAUCAAGUUUUCCAGAAAAGUGUCGACCAAACAAGAAUUGUCAGAAAGAGUACAACAAUAAUGAAAGAAAUAAUUUUAAUACAUCUUUUGAGAAGGAUUGUUACCCAGCCAGCUCUGAUAAAAAAGGAAAAUUUGAAAGUGAUUACCAAGAGAAGACAUCCCAGAAAAAAACCCAGAAAUAUUCAGUGAACCAUAUGGGUAAUAUCCCUUUGGAAGAAUUGUGUUCUAAGCAAUCAUGGGACUUUGGAAUUGGUGAGAUUCUGAUGGAAGAAGGAGGAAUGUGUUCUUUAAAAGGCAGGAUAACAUCUACUAAGAAAACCGAUCUUGAUUCUUCACAGAGUAGUCAGUCUACCAUGCUCCCAAGGCCAGCAGAUAGUUGUUUCAGUUCUAGUUCAGAGAUGCCAUCUGAAGAUGAAGAUCAAAUUGAAGGUUCAAAUAGGAGAUCCAUCACAAAGAAAAUAACUACUAAUUUUUAUUUAGAAAGCAUGGAGAAACUUCCAUGUGAUAGGAUUAUUAAACAAUGCCAAAUUCCAUAACAAAAUGAGAAUUUUAACCAGUUCUCAAUGAAUAGUAAUAUAGAUCAGUUUCCACAGUCUCAGUGUAAUUCAGCACAUAUAUUGCAAAACAUAACCAAUAAUAAUUGCAUUCUACAGGUUGCAAGGUGUGAUGCAUGGAUACAAACGGAGAGUGGACCUGUAAUGGAAGAAAAAUUAGAUGCUGCCAUACAAUGUGAUAUAAUUUCAAAAUGUAAAUGUAGAAAAGAUGUUUCUUCUUUUUGUAACGUAGAAAGGUGCAAUGAAAAUAUUAAGGCAGAUACCACUGGAGGGCAGGAAAUCCUUAAAAACAACUAA